AUGCUUCCAUCCAUUGCGGCCCUUCAGCACCAUCCAGAGCACAGCCUGCGAGUGUGCCAUCAAUCAAAAGUUGCUUCACAGCACAAUCAUCCAGCAGCUGGCUGCUCCCAAGCACAGUGCAGUGAUAUGAGGUCACUUGCCGCAAGUAAAUCGUUGAGUGUAUCCAUUCUUCUGGCUGCAGCUGGGAAUCUUAAGGAAGAUCUAUUUCACUCAUUGGAGUACCUGCACAUCAAAAUACAGCACGCUCAUCUUAAACGCCAAGCUCCUGCUAGCCAACGACGCCGCAGAUGCAGAUCUACCGACAAUUCCCAGCACCAACCCACGGCACCGCCGCAUCCCGCGGCAGAGCGGCUGCACCGAUCCGAGCCACCCGGAGGCCGAAAGGGCGUGCCUCGAGAGCAGGUGCGUGCGCCUGAGCAGCCCCAGAAUGAGCGCCAUCACCGUGUCCGCCACCUCCUCGGCCCGGCUCACGUCCACGUGGACCAUCCGGCCCAGCCCGAGUUCGGCCGCGAGGGCCGAGUCCACUGCCCGGUCGGAGGAUCCGAGGCAGAGUACCAGCUGCCAGGGGCGGAGCCGGCGCUGAGCGGCGCGCGGGAGGAAGGAGAGCGAGUGGAUGAGGACCGCCGCCGCCGACUCGAUCCGCGACUCGGCCAGCCUACUCAGCGGCACGUGCUCCACACGCGCCACGCCGGAGAGGCACUCCUGCUCGAGCGCCGUGUCCUCGACGCAGUUAAGCGCGACAACGACAGGAAGCGGAUCAAUGAGAACUUCUGUGAUUUUCGAAUAAUCGUCCUCAAAGGAAAAGAAACAAGAAAGAAGCUUUCAAAUACAUCGAUCAGACUUCUUUUAAAAUUGGAGUCCAAAAUCUUUAUUUGUAAUGGAAAACAUACUCUUUUGAUCGGCUCUCAUUCAUUUGUGGUAGCAUCUUCGACUGGCGCAGGAGUUCCAUCUGCAUAG